AUACAAUUUAGUCUAAAUCUGAUAGACGAUAGUUAACUGUUAAAGUCACAAUAACGCUAGAUUAAUUGUAGGGUGUUAAUAACUAUUUAAAUAUAUUUGUGAUUGCAACUUUAAAAUUGAAGACGAUCCUUUUCAUGCUCUCUCUGUUUUUAUUAGUUUCGCAUUCAUUCUACAAUAUAAAUUAUGAAUUUAGAUAAAAAAAAAACAAAAUGUUCUAGAAUUAUUUUCAUAACUAAAUGAGAAAUAGAGUCCCUGAGGGUGGUUUAAGUUUUUUUUAUCUGAAACUUUAAGAAGUUAUCCAAAACUUAAAACUUUAAUUUGUGUCACAGUUGCCACAGCUAAUCGUAUCCAAUCCAAAUUUGCAGUUAAUCAUAUCCAAUUCACAGUUGCCACAGUCAAUCGUAUUCCAGCGCGUGGAUUAGAUUAGUGCUUGACAACUGAAUGUAUUUAUACGUUCUUUCUUCACCUUCCUUUUCCCAUUUUUUUCGUAACAACAUUGUUUCAUUUCUUAAAAAAAUGAAUGGUCAACAAAGCCAAAGUCGGGAUAACAGAGCAGGAGAAAAAGGAAUUCACCCACCUAACAAAAAUAUAACCACUACACUAGCCCAAGGUCUUCUUGAUUUGGAUCCCAAAUCUCUUCUUAAUAUUGAUUUAGACUCCAUUUUUAAUCCCAAUGUAACCACUCUACAAGCCCAAGGUAAAAACGACGAUUUGGAUUUCGAAUCUUAUCCUAUUAACCCUCUUGGAGUUGAAGAAACGUAUAACUCUCCUUCUGGUUCCAAUGCUAUUUUUGAAGCUCAAUUAAACGGCUCCGAAGUUGGAUACCGGAUCCCAAGAGAAGCUACUGAUGGGACUCAUGGGAGUGUUAGUCGGCCUGCCGAAAUUAGAGGAUCAUCGACUUUUCGCGCAAACGACUAUAAAAAAGAAAAGUUUGAACCAGAAAUUGCAAAAUUGUUUUUAUCCCUUUUGGAACAACGUAAAGUAAAGGUAAGGCGACUGACUUCAAAUCGUGGAAAUGUAAAAAAACCACUCUGGGAAGAUAUAUCAAAUACGUUAUUACAACUUACCAAUAAGAAAUUUUCACCUUCACAAUGUGCGUGUAAAUGGAAAAACAUAAAACAAGAUUAUAAGAACUUUCUUGGUUACGUUCUAUUAAACCAAAAUUGGGGAUUUUUCAUUCAAAAACAUACCGAAUUGGUAACAUUCAUUGAUAAAAGGACGAUCACCUGUUGUACACAAAGAAUGUUUUACACCAAUCAAUCCAAUCAUUAA